GAACAAGAGGCGGAGGCAGCUCUCCAGAGGAAGGCUCCUCCUGGCUUGUUCUUCUGGAAAUGGACCGGCAUUCGGGCAGCUUAACCAUGUUCACCAAGGAAGAUUUUGAGGACGAUUGGCUCAAGGUGGCCAGUGGGGUUUUUGGCGAGGUCUUCCGAGUGAGGCACAAGCGAUGGAGAACCACCUUUGCGGUGAAGUGCUCCUCUCGCCUUCCCCAGGAUUCCAGACCUGACAGGUAAUCUGCUUGGCUGUGCUAGGUGCUUUAUUUGGAGAGGGUUCCCUUGGCAGAUUUCUGUUUGAAAGGCUCUUUGGAUGUGCUUAGCUCACACCUUGGCCAAAGCAAGAAAAACAGCAUUCAGUGGGAGGCGAGUUGAGACUGGCCUGGUUUGCUUCAGGCCCACCUUGUCAAGUGCCUGAAGCUAAUUCUCUUGGCAGCCUUUAGCAUGUGUUGAGCUGCACCAACUGGUCAGGCAAGUUAUUGAGCAGAAUGUGAAGCCAGCUGAGAAGCAAUAUAAAAAAACUGUUGCAUUGCACCCAGGCAAAACAAGACUAGAUACUGCAAUGGUUGCCUGUUCUGGUAUGGAACUUCCAAACCAACCAACUGUCUUUAAAAUAUCCAUUAUGUAGAUGGGCUCUGUCAUUCACUGCUAAAUUUACCCCAAAGUUUCCCUGUAAUCCUUGUAAUUAAGAUUUCUUUUCUUCAUUUUUUUGGGGGGGGGGCAGUCAUGAAGCGCAUGAACUUUUAAAAGGCAUUUGAACACCCCUCACUCUUUGUGACCCUUUGCACUUUUGAAACCAUUAUUCAGCCGUACUUUAGCCAGAGAUUUCCCGCCCUCUCCUUUCUCCCCUCUUGAUCCAUGGUAUACUCUAUAGCAGGGUUUCGCAUACUUGGCUCUCCAAUGGCUUUUGGACUACAAUUCCCAUCAUCCCUGACCACUGGUUCUUCUGGCUAGGGAUGAUAGGAGUUGUAGUCCAAAAACAGCUGGAGACCCAAGUUUGGGAAACUCUGCCCUAUAGGAAAACAAACCUUAAAGGCUAAAAAAAAUAAUGACACAGGUUUUGUGAACAAUGGUCCACUCCAACAAGUGCAUGGAGUGUUAUUCUGAGGCAGGCAUCCCCAAACUUGUCCCUCCAGAUGUUUUGGGACUACAACUCCCAUCAUACAGGACCGCCUCUCCUGGUAUGUCCCAUGGAGGACCUUACGGUCUUCAAACAAAAACACCUUGGAGGUCCCAGGCCACAGAGAGAUUAGGCUGGCCUCAACCAGAACCAGGGCUUUUUCGGCUGUGGAUCCGAUCUGGUGGAACGCUCUGUCACAAGAGACUAGGGCCCUAUGGGACUUGACAUCUUUCUGCAGGGCCUGCAGGACCUUUGGCCAAGGCACAGUCUGACCCCCUCCUUUGGUACUCCUCACAGAACUCUAGCCCAAUGGUUGCCUUUAAUUUAAUUUUGAAUUGAUUUUAAAGUGAAUUGAUUUUAGAAUGCUGUGUUACUUUAUUGUUGUUAGCCGCUUUGAGCCCGGCUUUGGCUGGGGAGGGCGGGAUAUAAAUAUAUUAUUAUUAUUAUUAUUAUUAUUAUUAUUAGCUAACAGGACCAGUGGUCAGGGAUGAUGGGAACUGUAGUCACAAAACAUCUGGAGGGCCGAGUUUGGGGGUGCCUGUUCUGAGGGCUCAUCAUACUUCCAUUUGGUCUGUGACUUCUAGGUGGUCCAAGAGGUUUUUCUUUUUUCCUGCUGCUUUCCUUGGGAAAACCCACUAUUUGCUGAUGAAUUGGAACAAACGUCAGCCUUGUUUUCUGUGGAUUUUUCUGAUUCAGAAGCAAACAGUGGGUUUUCCCAGGGAAAGCAGCAGGAAACCAGAGCCCAUGCUUUGAAAUCACAGAACAAGCGGAAGUGUGGUUGAGCCCUGAGUUGCAGCCAUGUAUAUACAGUGGUACCUCGGGUUACAUACGCUUCAGGUUACAGACUCCGCUAACCCAGAAAUAGUGCUUCAGGUUAAGAACUUUGCUUCAGCAUGAGAACAGAAAUCGUGCUCCGGUGGCACCAUUAGCUAAAGUGGUGCUUUAGGUUAAGAACAGUUUCAGGUUAAGUACGGCCCUCCGGAACGAAUUAAGUACUUAACCUGAGGUACCACUGUAUGAUUGGAGGAACUAUAAGCACUGAGGUCAGAAGGAAAUGAAAUGCAGCUGAACCAAGCACAGCCAGAGGUGCAGUACUGCCUCAGACUGCCUCAAGGCUCUCUGAUGUCACAGAGGGGCUUGCAAGCCCAUGGGCAAGCAGGUAGUGAACUUGCUUGUAGGAGUACCACUGCUAUUGAUGUGGUGAACACAAUGCAUAUUGGUCAGAUUCUUAGUGCAGUCCAGGUGUUCUCUCUGUGAUGAUGACUAAGCUGUGAUGCGCUGUUCACACGCUUCUAAGUCAUCUUGAUGCUACCUUCAAGAAGGACUGGACAUUGAUUGCAUGUGUAAUUCCAAACUGGGAAUGGAGUUUCCCCAGAAUUUCAAUGUUGGGUUUAUCUGCACAGAAUUUCAGUCAUUUCCAUGAUGCCAGUUAUUUUUUUAUUGGUCUUUAAAUACCUCAGCCUUAUUUUCCAGUCAACAGGGUCAUGGGGAGCCCAUCAUAUGCAUGCAAAGCAAAAAGCCUCCCAAAGUGCCAAAAUUCUGAUGUGCCUUUUCCAUACCAAAGGUGGCAAUCACAUACCCUCAGCUCUUGAAGUGUUUAAAGCUAAACCCCUAGCACAGUUAUAUAUGGGUCUCAGAUUUGGAGAGGCACUCACCUUGGAUCUACAGAAGCUGUUCAAAGUUCCUAAGGCGUUUUUUUUUUUCUUGUUCCAUCCUGUGUUUAAUUCCAUCCUGUGUUUAAUUCCAUCCUGUGUUAACAUUUAAUUAUUGGCUUCGCCUAAAUUUAAACCCCACUGGUCUACUACCCUUAGUAUCGCAAGAUUGUCAUGAGAGCACUUGGACCAAAAUUGUCAACCAAAAGCUUUACUUUUCUGGUUUAUCUUAUCUAUAGAAUUUCAAUCAUUUCCAUCUCACUCAUUGAGCUAGAUGAGAUGCCAGUUGUUUUUUUAUUGGUUCUUCUAAAAAUAUGAACAAUUCUCAUAUACUCAUUUUUUACAUAUACCAUUUUGCUCCAGGUUUCCAGGUUACCAGUGCAUAAGCAUAUACAUGCAACAAUGCAUAUAACUGUAUAAAAUUAUAAAAUAAUGCCGCAAAACUGUAGUAUAGCAAGGGACCUGACUAUCUAUCUAUCUAUAUAAAUUAUGUGUGUGUGUGUAUAUAUAUAUAUAUAUAUAUAUAUAUAUAUAUAUAUGCAUAUAUGUAUAUGCAUGUAUAAUAUAUGACUUUUGUGUGAAUAGUUUUGUAUAUAAUUAGGAUUUUUUUUAAAAAAAUAAUCAAAUCCUGACACCAGAAGAGCCUGCUGAAUCAGGCCAAUGGCCAAUGGCCCAUCUCAUCCAACACCCUAUUCUUCCCAUCACCACCUCUUGUGGGAGCGAUUUCUAACUGUGUGCCGGAGUCCUUUCUUUUGUCUGCCCUGAGCCUUCCAACAUUCAGUUUCAUUGGAUGUCUCCAAGUCCUAAUAUUAUGAGAGAGGAAGAAAAAUGUUCCACUCAUGAGUGGCUUGGACAUAAGUAGGCAUUUGAUGCCAAAGGUGAUCCAAUGAAGGCAAAGGCACAAAAUUUAAUGUAUGCAUCUAUUUAAACUGGAUUCUUCCUCAGUUUCUAACCCAGACUACACAAAUCAUUCAUUGAAAUGCUCACCGUGGCACCAUCACCAUCCUGUCUAAGCUUCAUCACUUGGUACCAUCUCAGCCAAUCUUUUGCACUGACCUGCAUCUACCACUGAAGUUAAAGUACACUAAUGUGUUGUGCUGUUGUUGUAAAACUGAAACAACAGAGCUUGACAACAUGGAUCCGACCCAGCAGGCUCACCUUGUGUUCUUAUUUGUGUCUUUCACUGUUUUGAGACCAAAACUUAGCAGUAAUGCUCCACAUUACCCCCCUGUAGAACCAGCACAAAGCAUCUCGUUGAAGAGGCAGCCAAGAUAGAGAAAAUCAAGUUCCAGCACAUUGUGUCCAUCUAUGGUAUCUGUUACAGCCCUUUGGGGAUUGUGAUGGAAUAUAUGGCCAAUGGGUCCCUGGAGAAGAUUCUCCCCACCCACCAAAUGUCUUGGCAACUCAAGUUCCGGAUCAUCCAUGAGACGAGCUUGGCUGUGAACUUCUUGCACAGUCUGAAGCCUCCUUUGCUUCACCUGGACCUAAAGCCAGGAAACAUCCUACUGGAUGCAAACAUGCAUGUGAAGGUGAGGUCAAACUGGGGAGCAGGAUUCAGGUAAAGGUAAAAGGUAAAACACCGCUGGAUGGUUAAGUCCAGUCAAAGGUGACUAUGGAGUGCGGUGCUCAUCUCGCUUCAGGCCGAGAGAGCCAGCAAUUGUUCACAGCAUGGCCAGCAUGACUAAACUGCUUCUGGCGCAACGGUACACAAUGACAAGUGCCACAGUGCACAGAAAUGCCAUUUACUUUCCCGCCGCAGCGGUACCUAUUUAUCUACUUGCACUGGCGUGCUUUUGAACUGCUAGGUUGGCAGCAGCUGGGACAAAGCAAUGGGAGCUCACCCCGUUGCAGGGAUUCGAACUGCCAACCUUUUGAUCGGCAAGCCCAAGACGCUCAGUGGUUUAGACCACAGUGCCACCUGUGUCCCUGGGGAGCAGGAUGUGUGUGUGUGUGUGUGUGUGUGUGUGUGUGUAUGUGAUAGCUCAGUCCUGCAUGUAUGAUGCAGCUUUGCUUGUAGAAAGUCCCAGGUUCUGUCUCUAACAUAUCCAGUUACAAGUUUCAAGGAUGGGAAAGAUCAGGGCUGAUGCCAACGGUUGGCGUGAUUGGGCACCUACUGAGGGCCCAGAUCCUGGAACGCAGUCCAAUGACAAGAGCCCCCAGGACCUGCUCCUCCUCUUAUUCACUGCAGCGCUGCUUAUUUAUCUGCCUCUUGUUCUGGCCAGAGGAUGUUGAAAAAUUAAAACAUCUGUGAAUUUGUGGUUUUUGGCUCCAGUUAUAAUUAAAGUAAAUUUUAUAUAACAUCCAUCUACCCACACCAACAAACUCUCACACAAAUACAAAAAGCAGCCCAUGCCCAGAAAUAAGGAGACAAAUGAAGUUACAUCAGUGGUAGGCAUGGAAGUGAAAAAUGUACUUUUAUUUCACCUUGACUUCAGAUUUCAGAUUUUGGACUCUGCAAGUGGAUGGAGGAAUCAAGUCUAAUGGAAUAUAUUGAGAGGUCAGCCCAGAGGGGUAGUUUGAGCUAUAUCCCUCCUGAGAUACUUCUGCAGAGCCCCAGUCCACCAGGAACUAAAUUUGAUGUCUACAGGUGAGGACCAACCUGCUGUCUCUUUGAGUUGCUGGCUAUCCAUUCUCUGGUGGAGUUGACUUACCUUCUGACCACUGUUGAGUCUUGCUUGCCACUUCUCAGCUUGCAGUCUGCGCCCAACCCAAUCAUUAGGCAGAAUGAGGAGGAUGCUUAAGGUAACAGAUGCUGAGGCACUUGGAGCAGGAAAAGUUCAGGUAUACCAUUGAGUAUACUCAUUACCUGUGUUAAAGUAACAACAUCCAACUGCAGUUUGGUUGGUUUCCAUACAUGGAAAGGGGGAAGGAGCCAUUUUGUCUUUUCUUUCAGGCUGCAAACUAUAUUUGGGCCCACCCUGUUGCUCCACAUGACCAUAUUUCAUAGCUUUCAAAUCCCUGUUUUGUUUAAGCUCCAUGUGUAACUAUUUCCUCCUAAUAAUGCUUUGUGUUUUUGUUUGCAUUUGUUUCAUCUUCAUUUGUUUCAUUCUUUUUCAAGCUUUGGGAUUGUCAUCUGGGAGAUUCUUACCCAGAAGAAGCCAUAUUCAGGUAAUUCUGAUGGGGUGAGGAGAUGGAAAUCACCUAUUCUCCCAGGGUUCUCGUUUGCAGAAUGCAGGUGAGGGAUUGGAACAGAAAUUUCAGUACAGGCUUCCAAUAACUCCUUCUAGGACAGGGAUGGUAAACCUGUGACUACUUCCAUAUGUUAUUGUCUAGCCAUGAUGGACAACGGUCAAGGAUGAUGGGAGCUGGAGUCCCAACAGCAUCAUGAUGGUCACAGGUUUCUCACCCAUGCAAGAACAGUUACAUAUCCAGAGUUCACUUCUUCAUAACCCUAUGAGUGAAUGGUGAAUGUGUUGUUAAUGGAGGAAAUGCCUUUAUUUUUAUUUAUUUAGAGCAAGUGGGAUAGGCCCCAAUGUUGCUCAAUAAUUCUAAGAACCACCCUCCUCCCCCAAAAUCAGUGCAGUUUAGAAAGCUUCAGCCUGCCAUCUUGAUUCAAAAUGGCAUCUAAUUUUAUCCAAGCAUAGGUGAAAACCUGCUCUUUGAUCUCAGGAACCCAAAAUUUGAUUAUAUCUUAAGAGCUGUUGAAAUGCAUAGAGAACAAACUACUUCCCAUAACAUCUAGUAAAUGCCUGGCUUUUUUUUAUAUCUGCUGAAAUUUAUAUUGCUCUUGGUUUAUUUAUUUUAAGCAGUCUAUGUUUUUAAAAUAACAUUUGAGCUACUUCUAUAUAAACCAUCUAGCUGCUUCUUUCAAAAUCUAUUGUGUUUUUAUGACAGGGAAGCCGCCCCAUGUGAGCUAUGCCUAAAAAGGCAGUCUUUCUAUACAUUAACAAAAAUUAAAAACAACUAACUAUCUGUUCCAACCCACCCACCCCCAACCCCAGAUUUAAAGCCUCCUUUUCAGCUUGGGAAAAGCAAACGCCCAAAGUGAGUAACAACCAAAUAAAGAGAAUUUGCACAAAGGGAAAUUAAAAUAAAAACCAUAAAAACAGCAGGAAGAAAACCGCAGCAAAGAAGCAGAUGUAAAAUGAAGUUAACACUUAUAAACAGUGGGAUAAAAUCCUUUUGAAUCAACCCAGCUUAAGCACCACUCUGUAAAGCUGGUUCAGAUGUCUUGGUGGGAGGGCAGGGGGUAUCUUGACUGGCUCAAGCUGAGGGAUUCAACUUUAUCUUUCUGGAGAGGAUGUUUCUGAAGUGGACUACCACCAGAGAGGAGGCCCUUUUUGCCACUCACCACAAGAGAUGGACAUAUCUGCGUGUUUGGGUUUCUCUCAGUUUCUCAUUUUUGCCAGUAUUAAAUCUAGUGUGUCACAAUGUCACAUCAGCUGGUGAUUUUUUAUUAUUUUUAAAGUCCUCACAAAACCUGUCAGCAAUUUAGUGCUCAUUUCUCCUAACAUACAUCCACAGUUUUCCCACGGAGGAAAAAUAUGUGACAGAAGGUGGUCCUUUUUCGUUUUCAACAGGGGUCAAGACAAUGGCUGUCAUCGUCACCGUGGCAACAGGCCAGCGCCCCUCCAUGGAGCCCAUCCGUGAUGACUGGCCAGCGGAAUGCCAGCAGAUGGUUGACUUGAUGAAGAGAUGUUGGGACCAAGAGCCCCAGAGGAGACCAAGCUUCACAGGUCUGGUAGCUGAAAGGAUUCCUCCUGAGAGCUGUUCCACAUAUGGGAUCCCAGCUGGGCUUUUGACCUCAUCCAGAGAUCGCAGAUCUUUGAUCCAUACAGCCCAAGGAUAGGCAACCUGUGGGGAUCGAUCAGAUGAUACUGGGCUACUACAACUCCCAUCAUUCCUUGCCACUUGUCAUGCUGGCUGUUGGGGCUGCUGGGAAUUGGAGUCCAAAACUAUCUAGAGGACCACAGGGAUUCCAAUCCUUGAAGUGAGAAGAGGUGUUCUAUGGUUGCAGGAUGGAAUGCCUCUUGCAGUAGAGAAUGCUACUUCUUAGAUCAGGGAUGGGGAACCUGUGGACCUCCAGAUGUUCAUAGAAUCAUAGAAUCAUAGAAUCAUAGAAUCACAAGGGCCAUCGAGUCCAACCCCCUGCCAAGCAGGAAACACCAUCAGAGCACUCCUGACAUAUGGUUGUCAAGCCUCUGCUUAAAGACCUCCAAAGAAGGAGACUCCACCACACUCCUUGGCAGCAAAUUCCACUGUCAAACAGCUCUUACUGUCAGGAAGUUCUUCCUAAUGUUUAGGUGGAAUCUUCUUUCUUGUAGUUUGGAUCCAUUGCUCCGUGUCCGCUUCCCUGGAGCAGCAGAAAACAACCUUUCUCCCUCCUCUAUGUGACAUCCUUUUAUAUAUUUGAACAUGGCUAUCAUAUCACCCCUUAACCUCCUCUUCUCCAGGCUAAACAUGCCCAGCUCCCUUAGCCGUUCCUCAUAAGGCAUCGUUUCCAGGCCUUUGACCAUUUUGGUUGCCCUCCUCUGGACACGUUCCAGUUUGUCAGUGUCCUUCUUGAACUGUGGUGCCCAGAACUGGACACAGUACUCCAGGUGAGGUCUGACCAGAGCAGAAUACAGUGGCAGAAUACAGAAUACAGAUGUUGCUGGACUUCAACUUUCAUCAUCCCCAGUCAUUGGCUUUGCUGGCUUCUGGGGCUGCUAAGAGUUGGAGUCCAACAAUAUACAAAGGGCUACAUGCUCCUCAUCCCUGAUCUAGUCAGAUGAUGCCCAGUCUGAGAGGCAGCUCCUCCUCAGGCUCCCAGGCAAGCGUCUUUCCCAUUACGUCCUACCUGAGAUCCUUUACCUCUUGAUGCCAGAGCUUGAACCUGAGACUUUCUGCAUGAAAAGCAGGUUUUCUGCCAUGAGUGACAUCCUAUAAGUGCUGCUGCCACAGAGAAGGCCCCAUCUACUAUAUCUCUGGAACAUGGACCACAGCUUCCCCAGAACAUGUAGGAUCUGGUCUCCACAACUAACUGGCAUUUCAGCAUUCUUAAGCUGCAUGGGAAAUGGAAGUGCAAGUCCUUGAAACGAGCUCAUUCCCAAUCUUUUCCACUUCCUUAGAUGUGGUGGUGGAGACAGACAUGCUAUUGUCCCUAACCCAAUGCCCCGUGGUGGACCUGGAGAAUGAGCGCUUCUCCAGGAAGAUGUCAGUGAAGCCUCCUUUCUCUAGAAGAGAACAGGUAAGGGGAAAGCUGUCCUGCUACCUUGGUCAUUUUAGGCAGAGCAUUUGCCCUAAAUAGGAAGGGAAUUCUCCAUGUGUUGCAUCUUAAGAAGGGUACAGAAGUAGGAUCUGAAAUGAUGCAAAACAUCUCAAGGUCAGUUGUGGGACUUGCUGUUCUGAUGGGCUCUGCAUAUUUGUAGUUCUCCAGUAGAAAUGAUUCCUAGAUAGAUAUAGAUAGAUUUUUCUUUAUUUUCAAAAAGGCCAUACAAGGUGAACAAAGAAAUGAAUGCCUUUGUGUAACAAGUGUGUAGCACACAAAGUGAAAAUGAAUAUAAAACACAGCACAAUCCAGUAAAGAGGCCUUUUAAAAGAGAUAUCAUGACAGAAUAGCACAUGGCUCAUGUUAUUACAUUGCUAACUGUCUCCAUGCUCUUUUCCAUGUCUUCAAUACAAAGAGAAAGGGUACAAAUGGAUCCAGUCCCUUUCAGGAAGCACACAACAGUGGUGAGUAUCUGCUUUUGUAGGAUCUGAAACACAUUUUGGAGUUCUGCAAAGUCCUACUGCUCAACAUGUUCUGUUCCAAGCGGGAUAAGGGAAUCUGACCUUAGUGCAUUGCACUGAAUCUUGAGACAGCCUUUUCCCAUCAUUCCCCACUGCCCUGUUCCAGGUCUUGAGAGGUGUGGUGGCUAGCAGCAACUUCCAAAUCAUUUUGAGAGUUCUCGGUCUGAAUAGAGGUUGGAAGUUAGGCUUACAAACAGGAAUUAAUUGGAUCAGUUAAAGAAAUUAUCUCAAUGACCUGUUAGUAACUAGAAUGUAAGUAGCUGAAAACCUAUUGAAACGCAAUGAAGCAAUGAUAUAAGAACCAGUUGGGACUUGAGUAAAUCAAGUCCUAAUCGAUGGGUGUUUGUGUGUAAUUCCAGCAUCAAUUUGGGGUCAGGCAGAAAACCACAGUUCACAAACCUAUUCAGGGGUGAAAGUUCAGACUAGUGACCCAUAUGGAAAGGGGAUAGAAGUGGUGACAGGGGGUAAGCUCAAACUGAGCAGCAGAAUGCAUUGCUUCUUGUUGCAACCUGCAGUAUAAUUCUGGUGGGAAAAAGAAAUAAGCUUGGUGUCAGAUAUGAAAGUAAACAUUACCAUCAGUUGUACUGGAGAUGUGGGUCACAAUGCACAAUUUGGACGACUUCACAGACUGACUGGAUAUGUGGGGGCAGCUGUGUUUCUAAUGAAAAUGACCAAGGGAAGGACUUCUUAUUGCUGAACAAUCCAGUAGUAGAGCUCUGUCUGCUUGAGAAUGCAGAGAAUGGCACAAGCAAAUAUUUACAGAUCCUAGAAUGCAAAAUUAGUACCAUAUAUGACAGAGAUGGAUCAUGCCGUAUAUCAGAGCCAUUAAUUAAUUAGAGUGUUGAACCUGGGAGACCAGGAUUCAAAUCCCCACUCUGCCAUGAAACUCAAACUUGGGUGAACUUGGGCCAGUCACCAUCUUUUCAGCCUAUCUCACUGGGUUGUUGUGAGGAUAAAAUGGGGAGAGCAAGAACCAUCCAUGAAAUUUUGAGCUCCUUGGAGGAAAGAUGGGAUAUAAAUUAUUAAAAUUAAUAAAUAGCUUGGCCACAGCAGUUGACAAUAGUACUUCAUAGAUGGCAUUGGGCCACAUUUCAGCAGAACCAAAGCACCUGAUAUCACCAGAUCUCAUUGGUUAUGUUCUCAGCCCAUUUUAAUUUUGUUUCAGCUGAGAAUGAGAAGGAUCAAGCCCACUGUUUCCCUCAGAAUGAGGUUGAAAGCUUGGAAGCUCUGGUAAUGUCAGAAGAAGUUAGCAAGAGCCAUGAAGACACUCUUCACCUCAUGGUUGCUUCAGGAAACCUGGAGAAGGUGAAAUUCCUGUUGAGGCAGGGAGCUGAUGUCAACAAGAGGAUAGCCUGUGGCUACACACCCCUCAUCCUGGCUGUCCAAAAGAGGUCUCUGGAGACCAUCUUGCUCCUUAUCCAACAUGGUGCAGAUGUCAACAUGGCUGAUGAGGACAACUGGUCACCUCUCCAUUUUGUGGCUCAGAACGGAGACGACAGGAUUGCACGUCUCCUACUCGAUCACAAGGCCAACGUCGAUACCCGAGAACUUGAUGGGUGGACGCCCCUUCACUUGGCCUCUCAGAACAACUUUGAGAACGUGGUGCGGGUUCUCCUCUCACGCCAGGCUGAUCCCAAUGCUCAGGAGAAUGAGGGACGGACUGCCUUGCACCUGGCAGCUUGUUAUGGGCACAUCAAGCUCGUUAAAAUGCUGGCCAGCCAAGGCGCAGACCUGGAAAGGAAGCAGAGAAACCUCCGGACCCCUCUUCACCUUGCUGUGGAGAAAGGCAAAUUCAGGGUGGUCCAGUACCUUCUGAAGAACGGUGUUGAAGUCAACAGCCUGGACCAGAAUCACUACAGUGCUCUGCAUAUGGCUGUAGCAAAAGGGAAAUACCUUAUCUGUGAGAAGCUGAUAAAAUAUGGAGCCAUUGUGGACCUGAGGACAGACAAAGGAUGGACGCCUUUGCACCUGGCUUCCAUCGAAGGCUAUGUGGACAUCAUCCACCUCCUGGUGGACAACCAUGGUAAAGUGAAUGCCAGAGGAAGCCUAGACUGGACUCCCCUUCACUUGGCAGCACGCUACAGUGAGGCGGCUGCAAUUUCCGAGUUGCUAAGAAGCGGAGCGGACCCCAAUGCAACUGAGAAUUUGGGCUGGACUCCACUCCACCUGUCAGUACAGCGGGGGGCUUUUCUCAGCAUCCUCAACCUCCUUGAGCACAAGGCAGAUGUCAACAUCAGGAACAAGGUGGGUUGGACGCCCACACACCUUGCGGUGCUCAAAGACAAUGUGGCCAUCGUAAAGACUUUGCUGGAUGCUGGGGCACUGCUGGAGCUGGAGGACAAUGCUGGGUGCACGCCGCUCCAACUUGCCAUCAGGAAUGAAAAGCAAAGCAUUGUGGAUUUGUUGCAAGGCAUGGAGUCCUCAAAAGCCAGCCCAAGGAGCCAGGAGGGAUGAAGGGAAGGCUCCAAGAAAACAUCCAAACAAAUCCGAGGUGGAACUGGAUUGACCUCAGAGUUUGGGAGAGGGUCAGUACCAGCAUGAGGAAUUGAAGUGGGCAAUAAUUUCUCUGCUUCUGUGGAUGUUCCCUCAUAAGACACGCUUGAGUUUGUGCUAUUGUCCUAUUAGGCACUUUCAGGAAAGUUGGUUUGAGAUGUGGCAAAAAAAUGAGUCCAUUUCAUGGGAAAGAUAUAAGUGGUAUCUAACUCCUCUUAAAUGUUCACAUCUGUCAGGCAGCUCAAAGUGCUGAAGAAGAUGGAUCAUAUUCAGUCAAUUUCUACUAAGUGUAGACUUGCUGAAAUUAAUGAACCUAAAUUAAACAGACCUAUAACUUUCAGUGGGUCUGCUCAGAAUAAGGCUAGAAGUGGUAGAAGCUAAUAUAAAGAGUUGGAAACGAAAGGUUCACCUAGACUUCCACUUGCCCACUGCUUUCUCCCAGGAAAACCUGAUCUCUACAGCUGAAAGGAGCAAACAUCAACUGGGGUUUCUGUGGAUAGGUGUUUGUUCCGAUUCAGCAGUAAAGAGGGAGUUUUCCUGGGGAAAGCAGUGGGACAAAUGAAAAACUGCUCGGAUCCCUGUUUUCUAGGCACAGGGCAAGCAUAAGCGUGGAUGACCCCUGACAGUGAAAUCUUGGAAAUGGAGUCACCCAACUGUAAUUCUGUUUACGAUCUUGAACAGAGUCUCCUGCCAGAUGUGUGGGUGCUACAGAUGAUAAAAAUAAUGUACUACUUUUGAAAAUGCUCUCUUCACACGCAUUAUUUCAGGGAUCCGCAUAAUGACAGUAAGUCAUUGUUAUCCCCAUCUUGCAGAGGAACAGACGUCUCUGCUUUACCCGGAGUCAGUUCAUUGCUCCCACUAGCCCAGCACUGUACAGACUGAAGAUCAAUGGCUCUCCAAAGUGGGAUUUAAUUGGCUCCGGUAUGCAGCCAGGAAGAUUAUGUGCGAUGGAAAUUUAAUUGUAGGUGGGUUUUUUUGGUGAAGUUAGGCAAUAUGAAGUUUAAUAGGGAGUUCGCUUGCUAACUUAAAUAAAAUAGAAGAUGAAGAC